GGCACUCGACAGGGUUGAAGUUUCAGAUCGAUUUGGGCGGCUGACACCAUUCACAGGAUUCAUACGUAAUCGACGAGUUCAGCUCGUUGAACUAUUACAACACGGUGUAUGGGUAUAUUCGUCCAAGAUCCACGGCUGAACACUUCAGUCUGCCGCUAUUGAAAGCUCUCGGCAUGAAAUAGUACACUUCAUAAUAGGACGCCGAUGUAGGGAACGAAUCGUUGUAAGAAACCGAACCAAAUCAAAAGAGUCUGCUUCAGAUCUGUUCGUGAAACGUCUAUCAGAAAGAAUGCUGAGGCGGCGGCAGCAGCAGUAGCAGCAUGCUCGAAGCCUCAGGGCCUCCUGGAUGUAACGUUGAUGACCACUUUCUGAGCAGACCUCGUUCACAUCUGCCGCUCCAGGUCGAGAUGGUGGACGUUGAGAAGAGGACGGCGUCGAAUCUACGUUUUACGAUCUACGUACGAAUGAGACGGAGGACAUAGUGACCUGUAAAGCUGCUCGACUGUCGUCCAUUCAGCUACCCGAGCUAUGUGGACGAUGUACUACCUUGAUGGAACUUGCUGGGCAUCAUCUUCAAUGGAAUCCAUUAAAUGGUUUCAGCAGUACAAUUAAUCAGAAGCCCAUGACCUCGGGGUCCAUCGUCGUCAAGAAAUUUGAUGACUCAUUAUGUAGGGUAAAUUAAGAUGGAAGUUGGGAUGACGUUAAUAGACACCGACUUGCUAUUUGUUUUUGAUGUGGAGGGCCGCGCGAACGCGAGCCCUCCUCUGCCACAAAUUAUGACGUGUACUUUCCCCUUGGGGAAGUGCUAGGAAUUGCCGGGCCGAAGUGCAAUGGCCCAGCUCAUCUUAGGUCAUCGCCCUUCCGGAUCAGCGAUAGGCCCCGCCCAGGUAAGUAUGCAUGUACAAAUUUGAACAAGGAAUAUGUUAGGAGGUUGUGAUUGCUUUGCUUCCUACAUUUAUUGUUUUAUCAUGAGGUUUCAUUGUUUCAGGAUUUUGUAUCCUCUUGAUAGCGGAAAACUAUUUGUUGGGUGACAGGUGAGAUGGAGGAGAAGGAGGUGCGCCUUUUUGUUCAUGAACCAUCGGUGUAUCAAUGCAAAGGAACCGGCGAAGUUGAAACCAUGAAACAGAUCCAGGCGCCCCUCGCGAUCAGGAGUCCGAAACUCCGAGGAAAUGUCUUCACCUUCUGCACUGAACAUCGCACAACUGUUCCAGCUUCUAUCGUGCACCCUGAUCGUUCGCAAGUCGAAGGAUCUGCAGAAUACCGUAUACGGAUUCUUCCAUCGGAUAGCCAGUGCCAAACGGACCAGCUUUGACGUUCAAACGAGGGGACCGUUCUCUUCAUUUCACUGAAGUGGUGGCUCAAGUCUGACUUCGUCAGAUCCGAUGGCUUGCUGUCGGUUUAGAUUGUCAAACGUCUCGGUCCAACAUCCAAAUUUGCGCCUGCACGUUGUAAGGAUCCCCGCCCUUCAGAGAAAUGGGCAGCAGAGAAUUCCAGAAAUGAUAAUGGAUCGAACGAAUCACCCGUCUGGUCAGAUCGCGAGAUUGAGCAGCAGUAGCGACUCCAGGCCAUCGAGAUUGAGCAGCAGUAGCGACUCCAGGCCAUCGAGUCUCGAUCGAUUUAUCUACUCAGGAUGAGACAAGCCUGAUUUGGUUCGUGUACGAUGCGUGAGGCAAAGGCAAGGAUCGCCAUGGGUCCUGGAGAAAUGCCCAAAAGUUAACCAGGUAACAGGUAACAGCAGCCAGGAAUUGCGGUUUGACAUUACAUCGGUCUUGAUGACGAUGUAUUUUCAUCUUCGGUGGACGAUUACAACGAUGAUUCUGGUUUUUCUUGCUGACGCGUACGCACCUCUGGAUCCCGUUCAGUUUUACAAAAAGGAAUGCCCCAGAGCCAGACGCAUUGUAGGAGACAUGGUGCUGGAAGCCAUCAGGAGAGACAUAAGACUCUCAGCUGCGCUCCUCCGAUUGCAAUUCCACGACUGCUUUGUCAGAGGCUGUGAUGCUUCAAUCCUGCUGGACUCGAACUCGACGAAUCUAGCUGAGAAGGAUGGUGCUGGGAAUGUGUUCUCGGUCAGAGGCUAUGAAGUGAUUGAUAACAUAAAGGAAGCUCUGGAAGCGGUCUGUCCACAAACAGUGUCUUGUGCUGAUAUAAUCAUUCUUGCUUCGAGGGAUGCCAUUGCUUCGAUCGGAGGUCCUUCAUGGUCGGUAACCUCAGGUCGAUUUGAUGCCAUCGCCUCGUAUGCCGAAGACAAUCUAAGGUUUUUGCCUCCUCCUAGUGCCAACUUCUCCCUUCUGUCUCAAAUGUUUGCCCAGAAAGGCUUCUCUGAACGAGAAAUGGUCGUCCUUUCAGGUGCCCACACAAUCGGGAUCACGCAUUGCGGAUUGAUACAAAAUCGCCUCUAUAAUGGCACCGGUCGGAAUAAUAUUGACCCGACACUCGAUCCUGCAUAUGCAGUGGAAUUGAGGAGGCAGUGCGCAUUCGGAAAUGUUUCAAAGCCUCUGCUUUUGAAUCCAACAAGUGGUGGCUACUCUUUUGACAGCAGUUACUACACCAAUCUCUUACGGAACAGGGGGAUCCUCGAGUCCGAUGCUACAUUGAUAACCGAGGCAAGUGGGCGAGAAUUCGCUCUAGAAGCAGCUUUCUCUCCUUCUACGUUCUUCUCUGAAUUCGCCUCGGGAAUGGAAAAAUUGAGCAAUCUCGAGGUCAAAAACGCGACAGAGGGAGAAAUCAGAAGAAGUUGUAGAUUCACAAAUUAACAGAUCAUCUGCCACCUGUACUCAGUCAAUUAUUCAGUGAGGUUCGGAUUUUAGAAGUAGAGUUUCUUUCCAUAUCAAAAGAAUCAGAUUCUAGUCAUAGCUGGAAACUGAAGAGUCUCGAUGUUGUAAACUCACCUCCACCUGCCUGGAUAGCAGAAUUUUCAUUCUCAAGUCAUUUCCUGAAUCUUAAAUCUUGAAUCUCGAAGAUAAAUUGCGCUGCUUACGUGUUUGUAUUUAUACAAACCCGUUUAAUCACCU